GAGGACUCCACUCUUCACAUUACUGUGCAUCUGUGAAAAAGAUAUAAGCUGGGAUCCAUCAACAACAGUUUUCAUCAUGAAGGUUUGGAUUGUAUCUCUGAUGUUGUGUGCUGUUUUUGGACUGAGGACCGCUUCAGGGGAAGCAGUUGUCACUAAAAAUGAACAGAAUUCAAAAUUACCAGUGGAGAUAGUGGAGACCAAAGAAGCAGAAGAACAAGUGGAAGAUCUCUCCCCUGCAGAUGUCGCUGCUAAAAUAGCUGUUGAAGAGUUGGCUAUUUCAGAACGCGCAUACUGCCCACCUGGGUGGAUUAAUUACAGAUCCCGCUGUUUUCAGAUUGUAAGAUCAGCGAUGUCCUGGCUUAAUGCUGAGAAACACUGUGUAAGUCUGCGGGCUACUCUGGCAUCUGUACAGAAUCCUGAUGAACAGUACUUCCUGCAGAAUUUGAUUGCCUCUGCUGGUUUACCACUGGCUUGGAUUGGUGCUUACAACUUCCAGGGUACGUGGUUGUGGAUUGAUAGGGCAGGAUUCUACUACUCAAACUGGCUGUCACUGAGCAGUGUUUCCAGCUACCCUUGUGCCUACAUGAGAUCCAAUGCUGGCUGGUCAAACACAAACUGUGCAUCUACACUUUCUUUUGUCUGUUCUAUUAACCCAACCGUCUGUUGAAAAUACAUAAAUAAGUACAUUUCCACCAACACGGCAGACAAUUAUGAACACUAAGAGACUGAUAUCAAUAUUAUCAGCAUUUACAGUAUUACUGAUUUAAUUAAAUUGUUUUGAAAGCAGUUAAUUGAUUAAUGCUGUCUUUGUAUUCUUAAAAAUAAAAAGUCUAAUAUA